AUGGCUUGCUCCCAAUAUGAAUAUGUUAAAAAAUUCGAAACAUACUAAACCCUUUUGCCUAAUACUUACAUAGUAGUUAGAAUUGACGGAAAAGGAUUUACUAAAUUUACUGCAAAUCACAAUUUUGAAAAACCAAACGACAAAAGAGGUUUAGAUUUAAUGAACAAAGCAGCUGAGAGUGUUAUGGAAACAUUUAAUGAAAUUAUGUUGGCUUAUGGCUAAUCUGAUGAGUUCUCUUUUGUUUUCAAAAAAGAUGCUGAAUUAUACUAAAGAAGAACUGAAAAAAUAGUUUCAUGUGUAGUUUCUUGCUUUACUGCUGCUUAUGCUAUGCAUUUUAGCGACUACUUCAAUAUUAAACCUUCUUUUUUACCUAUGUUUGAUGCUAGAGCAGUUUGCUACCCUGAUUUUAAAAAUUUAAGGGAUUACCUCAACUGGAGACAAGUUGAUUGUCACAUUAACAAUCUUUACAAUACUUGUUUUUGGACUAUGGUCCAGAAGGGAAACAUGACUCCUUAGAAAGCAUAAGAAAUCCUGAAAGAUACCUUAAGCGAUAGAAAAAAUGAAAUAUUAUUUAAUGAUUAUGGAAUUAACUAUGCAAAGUUAGAACCUCAAUUCAGAAAAGGAUCCACUUUAAUAAGAGUUUUAGUUCUCAAAGAUAAGCAUGCUAACAAAGAAGCAGAAUAAGCGGAAUCUUAACAAAAAAGAGAAAAAUGUGAAGAAAAUUAAGGAUUAAACAAAGAAGGUGCUUUAUAGUAGUAAAAUGAAGAGGGAGAAGAACAAAAAGAGAAUGCAGAAGAACUUCUAAAGGAGGAAUCUGAUUCUGUAAUGACAAAAGGAGAAAAAAAAUAUAUCGCUGGAUAGAAAAAGUAGAAGAAAUUAAAUAGCAAGUAGCUAGAAAAGAUUGAAAAAAGUAAAUAUCGCUCAAAAAUAAUUACAUUAUCUGACGACAUAAUCUAAAAUGAAUUUUGGGAUAAGUACAAAGACUCGCUAAAGCUUCAAGAGUGA